CUCAAAUAUUACCCAUUCAUGUUCAUUGAAGUCUGGUAGACAUAAUUAACUUGCUUGUGACUUGUUAAUAACUGUAGUAACCAAAAUGAGUACAUUGGCCUCAGGACAAAAGUGAACCACCUCUAGAAGGUCGGUUGCCUGAUGCCACUAAAGAUUCGAACUAUCAAAGGGACGUUUUUGGCCAAAUGGGGCUUGGUGAUAAAGAUAUUGUUGCUCUAUCUGGUGGCCACAUUCUGAAGCAUUCUAGUUUUGAGGGACCUUGGACUACAAAUCCUCUCAUCUUUGAUAACUCCUACUUCUAUGGAGACAAGGAAGGUCUUAUCCAGCUUCCAUCAGACAAAGCUCUUCUGGAGGAUCCAGUAUUCCGCCCUCUAGUUGAGAAAUAUGCUGCAGAUGAGGAUGCCUUUUUUGCAGACUAUGCUAAAGCCCAUUUGCAGCUCUCAGAGAUCGGAUUUGCGGAGGAUUAGCGAGGGCUCGAAGGUCAACUAGUUCUUGCCAUCAGGUAUCAGGAGACUAUUACCAUCUUCCCCAUAUAAGGUUUUGGCGAUGGCUGUCAUGUUGUUUUGAGUGAGAUUUAUAUGUCUUGCAAUAUAUAGUGAUGUACUUGUCCAUAGCUGUCACAGUCAAAAUUGAUAUCCUACAUGUAUAGUCUAUAUUUGAACUUUGG